GUAGAAGAGCGAGCGGCAGGACGGACGUGACGACAUGGUCAUCACCGACAGGAACGCCGGCACGGCCGUGCCCAAGAAGGAGGCGCAGAAGAAGAAGCGCGCGUCGCGGCCGCCCGGGCUGCCGUCCCCGGCGCUGUGCUGCGCCUGCGGCCUCUGCAUCAUGCUGGCCGGGCUCAACAUCACGCUGGUGGGCGCCUUCGCCUUCAGCACGCUGGUGCCUUCGGCCAACCCCCCCAUCAUCAUCGGACCCAUCCUGCUGCUGGUGGCCUUCUCCUUCUUCGGGGCGUGCUGCGUGUGCAGCCGCCUGCCGCCGCCCCGCGGCUCCCGGGGGGCCAAGGCGGGCGGCCGCGGCGGCGGGCUGAUGGGGCACGGCGGGCUGGCCGGCGGCGCCGCCUUCGAGAUCGAGACCAGCGAGCACACGCUGCAGGACACCACGGCCGUGCAGCUCAGCCCCACCUCCUCGCCCGGGUCCUCCCGGGCCUCCAGCCCCCAGAAGGAGGCCCCGGAGGGGCCCCCGCCCGAUCCCCGCGGCCUCUUCGCCACGGACGCCAACGGACCGGCGUGCGUCUCCGCCAACGCCGUCUUCUCGGCCUCGGCAGCCGCGGGAGGGGAAGUCACUCUCAACCUGCCUCGGGAGGAGGUCAGCACUUAGACGGUGUCGACGUCCCUCUGGGCGGAGGGCAGC